AUGUAUAUUAUCAACAUAAUUUAUGUUCUAAUAGUAUGCCUUUUGGGCACUGUUCUUUCGUCCCCUUAUUGGGGCGAUCCAUUAUUAAAAGAUUUGGGUAGCGAGGAACUAAACACUAAUAACAAAAAAAGAUUGCACUCCACCAAAAAGAAAAGAUAUGCUAUAGAUAUUUCUUCAUUUGGGAAUACAUGUGUUCCAAAGUACUCAAAUAUUUGUGAACAUUCCAAUUAUGAAAUACGAGUAAAUAAUGGAAUAAAUGGAUACACAAUAAAAGCUAUGUUAAUUCAGAAAGAAACUAGUGAUAUAGUUUCUGUUCAUCAUGCAACAAGUAUAUUUUCUACAGAUGGUAGUGCAUUAUUAAAAUUUGAUAAUAUUCCAUCUUUACAUUAUAACAUUAUAUUAGAAGUAACUGAUUUAAUUUAUAAUAAAGAUUAUACUAUUGGAAAUAAGUGUCUAUGUAAUAUUUGUAAUGAUACAAAAAUAGUAAUCGAUUUAAACAAUAUAGAGAACAAUAUGAUACACGCAACAAGAGGACACAAACAAAUUAAUUUACCAUUUCCACAAAGCUCCUUUGUAAACGGUAAAUUAUUGUUUAGCAAUUUUAAUUUAUACCAUUCUCAAAUAAAUUUAAGAUCUAUUGAAAGGUAUGAAGAAUUAUAUAAUAACCAAUAUGAAUUAGUACACCCAUGCUCUGGUAUUAUUAUGACACAUUCAGAAAAAUAUAAAAUUCAUUAUGACGUAAAAAGUGUACAUUGUUACCAUGUAUAUAUUAUCGAUAAAAUUUUGAAAAAAAUAACGUCUAAUGAUCAAAGAAGCGUAAAUUUUAAGAAUAAUAUGUUCCUGAAGUUCAAUAAAAACGAAACUAAUGAAGAUAAUAUGAUAUCUGUUGCAAAAAAUUAUUCAAUUCACCUUCCUUUAAAAUAUGAUAAUGGAUUUUAUUAUCCACGAGGCACAGUAAGCGGGCUUUUAGUUACAAUUAAUGUGAAUACAUUAUUGAACAAUAUAAAAAAUAUAUAUAUAAAUAACAUGGAUAAAAAAAUGGAAUACAUUCAAAUGUUUAGAAUAAUUAUUAGAUUAAUGCAUCAAUAUAACGAAAUUACAUAUGACAAUUUGUUACAGUAUACCACAAAUUUGACAUUACAAAAAUCUCAAUCGUCAUCUUCAUUAAUAAAUAAUAUAUAUAAUGUAUAUGCCGAAGAAUUAACUGUUUUAUUAAACUCUUUAUCUUUAGAGUUUAAUCCAGAUAUAAUUGGACUUGAUAAAAAUAUUGUACUUAUGGAAGAAAAGGAAUUUAUUUCACAACAUGGUAUAGAUAUUAAUGCACGUAUAUACAAAAAUCAACUAAUACUUAAAGAAUCCUCAGAUAUAUGUUUAGUUCUUUUGCAAGAUAUAGCUAGAGAAAUUAGUAGUUAUGUUAAUAACAAAUUGGAUUCUAAAUAUACUGGUGUAUGCAAGAAUUUCAGAAAAAAAAACAGUUAUGCCAAUAUGUCAGUAAUGUAUUAUACAUAUGAACUAGAUUGUAACAUUUCAAUUUUUUAUAAAGAAUAUAAUACGAAUGACGAUUUAAUGAUAACAAAUAUUAUAUCAAACAAAAGUAUAUUUGAAGAUGUUUAUAUUCAAUUACAUUACUACGAUAUAUAUGAAUAUGGUAUAUUAAUUCACACACAUGUUGAUCAAUCUUUAGUUAGAUAUAUGAACUCAUUGGUCAAAAAUUACAUAAAUAAUGAUUCAGUAAUUGUGAUGAACAUAAUUGGACGUAAAACUGAUAAAGGACCUGAAGAUAUUGAUAAAACACUUAAAACAAUCACAUUUCCAAUUGAUUGCAUAACGAAUUGUUCUAAUAUAGAAACAAUAAUUAUACAAGACAAUUAUGAUUAUAUAUCUAUAGAGAAUAUAUGUAUUAAAAAUACUACUGGAUCUGACAUUUGCUUCCCACAGUAUAAUUAUUCUUACAUAUUUGAUACUAGAUUAUUACUUGUACAUAUGAUAAAUAUUAACCCUUAUCCUGAAAUCGUAUUACAAACUAAUGUACAUCAAAGAAUAGUCGAGGGAAACUACUGCAUUUUAUCAAGACAUCCUCUUUUAAUACCACAUGAAUACACUCCAAGAAUAUAUAAAGAUACUGUAUGUAAAGAAUAUAUUAAUAGAUGUGAGCUUUUGUCAACAAAUGUAAUCGUUAAAAGUAUAAACAUUCCUUCAUCUAUAUUACAACGAAAGAAUAAAUUUAAAUUAUCAUUUACAACGGAUUUUGAUGAAAAACAUGAAGAAAUGUUCCAAAUUAAUUAUUUGUCAGACAAUAAUAAUGAUAUUUCCAAAAAAAAACAUUUAUUAACGCAUUACAAUAAUAGUUUUUAUAUAAAUCAACACGAUAACUUAAUUAAUGAAUCUAAACGUCAAAAAGAAAAUUUUGAUAAUAUUGUAUCUGUUAAUGAAUCAUCACAUAAUGAGGAAAAUGCUUAUAAAAAUAUUAAUAUUUUCCAGGAAAUGAAAUAUGAUAUUAAUAUAUUUAAUAUGGAAAGGAUGUACACUCAUGAGCAAACAUCAAAGAAUAAUGAUUCUUCUUUAUAUCCUUUUGGCAGUUUAAGCAUUAAUUAUUCACACGUAAAGGAAAAUAUAUACAUGAAAUUUUUAAACGACUAUAUUUAUUUUUAUGAAAGUGAUUCACAAAAAUCAGAUUAUAACACAGUUUCACCUUUAUCAGAAGACAAAUUUUCCCAUUUCACGAAUGUCUCUGUAUAUAAUUAUGAAUGUUUAGGUGCUUAUGCUUAUUUGAUGAAUAAAUUUAACAUUUUAGUAAAUGAUUCGCUAAAUUGUGAGGCUAUACAUAUGAUUAUAGAAGUAUUAUUAAAAGGAAAAUUGGGAAAAUAUUUCAUAUACAAUAAGAAUAAAAUAUUUUUAAACUUUAUAAAAAAGGAACCAUUUAGUGGCGAUAUAUAUGAUGUUUUUGACUUAGUUGAUGUCGAAAUAUAUGAACAAGACAACUUACACACACCUAAAUCAAAACAACGACUUAAUGUAAGCAUUGACGAAAAUAAUUUAAAUUUAUUAUAUUCUCAUAAAAACGUUUUAUAUAGAAAUAAAUAUUUUUCGAACAUAUACAUACUAAUGUUCAAAAUAGCAUAUUUAUCAAAUGAAUAUGACUUUUAUACAUUUUUUUACGACUUAACUGGAAUUCGAUUAGUUGAUGAAAUUGUAUUAAAAAAUAUAGAUAAAUUAUCAAUGAAAGAUCAGACACAUAUACAAUAUAUAUUAUUAAACCUUAAAAAUAAUUAUAAUAUAAAAAUUGAGGAACAUACUAACAAAUUUGAAGAAUUAAUAAAUGAAAUAUCAUUAUUAGCAGCCUAUAUUGUAGAGUUAACAUCAUCAUAUAAAGUAGAUUUGAAUAUAACUAAUGCAGAAUCAGAAAAUGAGUUAAAAUCAUUUGCAAAUAUUAAAUACUUUGUUUAUAUCAAUGAGUUCAAAUACCACGAAAAAAAUGUUUCAACAAAUCAAUUGGUUCAUACAAUGUCACAACUUAACACAUUGAUAAUUAAAAAAAAAAUAUUAUGUUGUUCAAAUUUUGUAGAUGAAGUAGAAACAUCAUUAAAAUAUUAUAUAAUGUAUAAAUAUUUACAUAAUGAUACUGAUUUUAUAAAUGACAAUGAUGAAAUUAUGCCUCCAACAGCAUAUAAAAUAAUACAAACACUUUUGGAACGUCCUAUUUCAAAAAGCAAUGUAUAUGAUGAAAUGACUAAAUCAAACAUAGAUAAUAUAACAAAACAUAUAAUGAAUCAAUCGGGAUACAUACAUAAAAAUAAUAUAACUACAGAAUACAAAGAUUUGGAGUGUAUUCAUUUAGACUCGAUAAAUCAUUAUGAUAAUAUUAUAACAAACUUUGAAACAAAAUAUGAUAACCAUGGAUCAUUGGUUUCUAUGAAAAUUUUAAAAGGUUUAUUAAAAGACAAACAGAUUGAUAUUCAAGAAGAUAUGAAAUAUUCAGUAUAUUUUUCAUUUAGAAACUUAUCUGUUCCAUUCAUUGGUAAGACACAUAGAGAAGAAACAUUAGGCUUUAAAAGAAUAUUAUUAUUAAAAGCUUUCCCUAAAGCUAUUCAUGAAUCAGUAUUAUUUUAUACAUAUAUAGAUCAAUUAGAUGGAAAUUCAUUAUUUAUGUUGGAAAAAAUAAUCUUUGUAUCGAAGGGAAAUAAAUUAGUAAAGGAAAUAAAUGUAGAAUAUCAGACAUUUUUUGUCCACCCACGUAACAUGAUAUUAACUAAUAAUAUGUCUUCAAAUACGCGUAUCAAUACCUAUUCAACAUAUUUUAAUGAACUAAAUAGAUGCCAUCAUUAUAAUAACGGUGUCCAAGCAUGUGAUUAUCCUGAAUAUGGAUAUAAUGGAUUUACUCCAUAUUAUGUUUUUUACACUGAAAAUAACCAAAGAAAGGAAAUAUUAUUCAAGAAUAAUGAAGAAAUAGCAAAUUUAAUUAAUAACAAGCCUUUAACAUUAACUAAGAGAUACAAUAUUGAGUUUGGAGGAGAAAAAAUGGAUGUAGAAAUUUAUAAUUCGGUUGAAGUGAUAAUAAACGAAAUAGCCUUUUCUAUCGGACUUAUAAAUUUUAAUAAAAAAAAUUGUUCAAAAUUAACUUUAAAUAACGGAUUAAUGCAUAUACCUAAUGACCCCAAAUCUCUUAUAUCUAGUAUUUAUUAUGAAACAUUAUAUUGUUUAGACAAAAGUGCUAUUUAUAAAAAAAUAUUAACUAUUUGUAAUUUUGAUAAAGAAGAACUUAUGAAAUUAUUUAGUACUUUAGACAGUAAUAUGUUACCUUAUAACUUGGAAGAAACAUUUGCAAAUUCGUUAACACAUAACGAAAUAAUAAAUUUAAUAACAUACUUGAUUUCAGCACCUUAUCAGAUAAAUAUGAUGAUAAGAAUACCAGGUGAUUCCGAUAAUAAAGGUUUAAAUAAUGAUAUGAAACCUUUAAACUUAAACAUUAUGGAAUUAAAUAACACAGAAAAUAUAGAAUCUAAAAUAGUUUUUAUAGAAAAUGAAGACAUAAUUAGGAUUAGUAAACAAUUUUUACAAAAAGAAGUGAAUAAUUCGUCUUUAUUAGAGUUUAACGAAUCAUUAUAUUUUGAACUUUUGAAAUAUAUGCCUAAUAGUUUUAUUAAUGAACACAAAAUACUAAUAGAUGUGAAAGAUGUAAAUAACUAUCUAAAAAAUUAUAUAAAUAAAGAAAAUAUAUGUAAUAAUGAUUCCUAUUUUAAAAAUAAUGGAAUAAUGUUAAUACCUGGUGAAACUUCUACAUACAACCAGCCCAGUUUUACAUAUAUAGAUAAUGAUAACAUAUAUAUUAAGAAAAAACCAGAAGACAGUUAUAUAUUUAACAAUAUAUUUUUAUUUGAAGGAAAAAAUAAUUUAAACAAAAAUUUUUUAAAUGCUAUUAUAGUUUUAUCACCAAUACAUAUAACUGAGGUACAUGAUAUAUCACAUGUUGAAUUAAUAGCAAAUACAUUUGAUAGCAAGCAUCAAUUUUCUAUGAAAUGUUACCCCCAUAAAAAAUAUGACAAUUCAUAUUUUGAAGAAGAAUUUAAUUUAGCCCCUAAUUCAAUUUAUUUUGUUUGUAUGAAUGUAUAUACAAUGUAUUUAAAGAGCGGAUUAUAUGAAUUUAAUAAAUACUUAAUUAAAUUUAAUACUACUAACAGUAAUACAUAUCAUAUAUAUAAAAAUAUGCCAGUAAGACCUGUUUAUAGUGUCAAGAAUAAUAAUAUAAUAGUUCCAGAUAUGAAUAAGAUCGAUUUUAAAUUACACCGCAUAAAAGAUGAUGAUAUGAACUCAACAUUAGUUAAAUAUCUUAUAUUUGUAGAUGGCUUUAUUACAUUGGAUACUAAUCCAUAUGUAGUAGUUAAUCCUAUAUUUACAGAAGAUUCGUACUAUUAUAACAGUAAUGUAAGUCAAACAGAUGAUUAUGUAUCUUUUAUGUAUUCGCGUAAACUUAAACUCUUUGAAUUUUUAGAAUUGCCAACUACUCAAAUGUUAUUUAAAGAUAAUACGAUGACUAUAACAACAGAGCAAUUAAUACAUUAUCAAGAAGAAACACAUAAUGUAUAUUUAUUAACUCUUGUAAAAACACUUAAUUUAACAAAAGUUAUAAUAAGAGACAUAUUUAAUAAUGAAUUUGAAGUAAAUAUUGAUAUAAUUAAGGAUGAAAUACCUACUAGUGUACACACAGAACCCCCAUUACCCACCCCACCAACUUCUACAACUACUGUUCCAAUAGAAGAAAUAGAAAAAGAAGAAGAAAAAGAAAUAGAAGAAGAUAAAGAAAUAGAAAUAGAAAUCGAAAUCGAAAUAGAAAAAGAAAAGGAGGAAGAAAAAGAAAUAGAAAAAGAAGUAGAAAAAGAAGAAGAAAAAGAAAUAGAAAAAGAAGAAGAAAAAGAAGUAGAAAAAGAAGAAGAAAAAGAAGUAGAAAAAGAAGAAGAAAAAGAAGUAGAAAAAGAAGUAGAAAAAGAAGUAGAAAAAGAAGUAGAAAAAGAAGUAGAAAAAGAAGUAGAAAAAGAAGAAGAAAAAGAAGAAGAAAAAGAAGUAGAAAAAGAAGAAGAAAAAGAAGUAGAAAAAGAAGAAGAAAAAAGUAAUACAUCGUGCAAAUGCUGCUUAGUUAAAAUAAUAAAUAAUACGGGUUCAAAUGGUAAUUGCAUAUCUGUAACUCAAUACAUUUUCCUUGUACAAAGUUUAACUUCGAUUUCUGAAGGAAAAAUGUCAUUACAUGUUUCUGAACAUGGUUACGAAUUAAUUGGAAAUGAUGACAAAUUAUCGAUAAAUAGAACACUUAAUUUAUUAUGUACCAAAUUAAAUGGUGAAGUACAUUUAACAAAUGGGGAUUAUAAUAUUCAAAUAACAAAUUAUCAAUAUAGUAUGCCGAGAUCACCAUUUAAUUUAUCCAAUGGGUAUUUUAAUAUACUGAGAAUAAAUGAAGAUGGAACAAAAUAUAUUACUCCCCCUAAUGCGUUUAUAAGUGGGGAAAAGCCUUUUACUGUGGAUUUAAAUAUACCCAAAAUUAGUAGAAUUGGGAAUACAGAGAAUGUUUCAGAAUCGUUGAUACCUGAGAAAAAAGAUAAUUCUCAUGUAGUCGAUGUUAUACCUAUACCAUAUGCUGAAGAAAAUAAACAAUCAAAACUAUCCUUUUCGAACUUUUCGAACUACAGUUGGUUAACAAAUCAAAGAACAAUAAACUCAAAUAGUGCACAAUAUUAUAGAAGAAAUGUUAUGUGCAGCAUUUAUAUAAAAAGUAUAGAAUUAUAUGACGAUAAAACUAAAACGGAGGUAUAUGAAAACAAAUAUGAUAUAAGCACAAAUUCAUUAAAUUAUGGUGUAUAUGAAAUACAUGUUAAUAAUGGCAAAUCCUACGGAGCAUGUAAAAAUGGUCAUUGUCUUUUAGAUGGCUGGUUUCUUAAUUAUAUAAUGCAUAGUGAUAAAUUAAAAAAUGGAGUUUAUAUGUUACACAUUAAAAAUUAUGUCAAUAUACAUAGAAUUGAUCAAUUUGAAAGCAAUCCUCGUUAUGCUCCUGAAUCUUCUAAAACCACUGCAACAGAAUCAUUACCAGUCACAACUAAACCAGUGUUUUGUGUGUCAGAAGAUUUAAACAAAUUGGAAAGUUUUGAUGCAAAUAAAAAAAUAAAAAUUAUUAGAGAAGUUGAAACAAAUUCGAAUGUGAAUCCAGGAAUAUAUAUGGUACAUGUUAAUCACAACAAUUAUGAAGUAUAUACAGAAAAAGAAAAUAACAAAAUAUUAGAAACAAGUGUAUUUGAAUCUUGUAUUAAACACGAUUUUGAUAUAAAAGAUGACAUGCAAUAUAUAUAUAAAGUGCAAAUAAUAAAUGAUGAAACUACAGAUAUAAGACAUAUAGAAAAUGAAAGGAUAUUUAUAGAUAAAAAUAAUAAUAAAUUUAAAGAAUAUUAUGCAUUUAUAAGUAGCAUAGAAAAUAAUGAUAAUAAAUCAACAUAUUUAUAUAAUAACAUUACACGAUUUUACGGCCCCCAACAUAUAGUAAAAUCAAAAUAUAUUGUAAAUGGAACAAAUUUCAAUAAUAUAAAAAGGAUAGAUCAAAAUGGAUAUUAUAAAAAUCUUGAUAAAAAAGAUGAAGAGUUUGUAGUGGGAAUAUUUAAUGUAUUGUUUGAAUCAAUUCCACGUGAUAAAUUAUAUUUUAUAGAAAUAUUCGAUGAGGAUUUUGACUAUUCACUUAUCUCAGAUUUGGAAUCAAAAAUACAUCUCGAAACGAAUGAAAAUAAUAGAAGUAGUAGUAAUGACAAUUUAAAUGAUAACCAAAAUAACAUGUUUAUGGUCCAAAUAGCUGAAUAUAAAAAUACAAAGCAUCAAAACAAGAAAUGGGGUUAUAAUGAUUAUGAUGAAUUUAUGUUGCAAGGUGAUUUUAUAAAAGAAGGACAUUAUGAUAUAGAAUUUUACAACGGUAAAUGCACAAUUAAUUAUUAUAGUGGUGAUGAAAAAAAGGCAAAACCAAGUGAUAUUGAAAAUAUAAUUAUGUCAUCUGGAAAAAUAUUAAAAAAUUCGUGUUAUAAGAUAUAUAUUAUGAAAUGGGAAAAUUCAGAAGAAAACAUGUUAAUAAAUGAUUUAUUUCACACACGAAUAGAUGCUGCAAAAUCUAAAGAUAAUAAAUAUGCUACAACUGAAGUAAGAGACAUUGAUAAUACUGCAUCAUCUUCGGUGUCACCAAGCAAAAAAGAAGACGAAGGAUUUUAUAGAUCUUAUAUAUCUUUAAAAUUUAAUAAAAAUGAAAACGAUGAAUAUGGAAUAAAAAAAGUUGUCGAUGGUAUUUUUGAUGGGAAAAUUAUAGACAGUAAAUAUUCAAUAAAAAUGUUAAAUAAUAAUUCUUACAAAAUAAAUAUUUUAAAUAAUGCAAAUGUGCACGUAAAAAGUAUAAUAGAUUUAAUAAAAAGUGCAUGGAAUUGUGAUAUGACUUGUAAUAAUUGUAUAUAUGAUAUUGAACUAUAUACAUAUAAUACUGUAGAAAGAGGAAAUACGGGAAUGGACUCAAAUAAUGAUGACUACUAUUAUGUUAUUAUAGAACCUAUUAAAAAUGAAGAGGUAGAGGCAGGAAAUGAUGAUAAUGUUCCAAGUAAAAAAGAUACUGAAUAUAUAAAAAUUAUAGGAAAAAAUUUACCAAUUGGACAUUUUAAUGUAGUUGUCGAAAAUGAUACUUUUAAUGGAACUGAUGCGAAUAAAAUGGAAGUGGAUACAAAAUUAAUAAAAAAAAUUAUGUUUUUAUCAUUUGAAAAACCCUUGGAAGGAAAAUACAAUGUAACAAUUGUUAAAAAUAACAAUAAUAUUUUAACAAACUGUUCAGAAUAUAAUACAGAAAUGAAAGAAAAAAUAUCUCCUACCCAUAAAGGAAUAUAUAAACAUAUUACAGUACGUGGUUUUAAUGAAGAAAAUCAUAUGGUAACAAUUUUUAAGGAUGAUGUACAUUUUCAAAAAGGACAUGGUAUAAAAGAUGGAGAUUACUCAGUGAUAUAUUUACAUCAAAAUGGAACAUAUAGUAUUAGAAGUCGAAAUUAUGAGCUAAGCAAAAACGAAAACAUAUUAUUACAGAAUAUAUUACUAGAAACAUCACUUAAAGGAUAUGGUUCAAUAAACAUAACAACAAUAGAGAAUGAUCCAACUGAAUUAUUACAAUAUGAUCUAUUUUCAUCAAAAAAUUGUAUUUUAUUACAAAAUGACAAUAUUAAUAGUUUAAAUAUUCGUAAUAAUAUACUACCUUUAGUUAAGAAUUCCGAAAGUUCGAUAAUAAAGUACAAAUAUGUGGAAUCUAAAAUAACUAACGCAAUUACGCAUUGUUCAUCUUCUAAUGAAGCAAACUGCUUAAAUGUGUUACGAAGAGCAUAA